AUGCCUAUCAUCUGCAUCUUUGUUCUGAGCUCCCUCCUAGCGAAAUCUGGAUUCUAUGUCUAUCGUCUGCAACUUUGUUCUGAGCUCCCUCCUUGCGAAAGGAUUCUUAAGGAAGAUUUAUCAGUGUCAGACAGCAAAGAAGAAGGAGAUGACGACCCAGUUGAUGUAUAUAGUGAUGACGAUGAUUUAAGCAACGGAGACAAGAAAGAAAUUAUAUUUGAAGAGGAUGUUUUGUUGGAUAUGCUCUCAUUUAUUUUCGUUACCUUUCCUCAUGAGGUUUUAUGUGCAAAUCAAACCUUCGUCGACUCGAAGGCAAGGAAAAUGAAGCGGGUCGGAUCCUUUCUCUGUUUCGGUCCACCCGAUACCAACGACACCGAGAAGGAUGAGAAGAGACAAAGUCCGGCCAAGGUUUUGCCGGAGGUUGGCGGGAACGGAAAGCAGAAUCGCCGGCGGUUGAUGUCGAAGUUCGCGAGAUCGAUUUCGCUCAAGUCUAAUUCAUUGAAUCGGAGAACAAAGUCAACAAAAGACUCUACCCGCCCGCUAUCGGGAGAAAUCUCGGAUUCGUCGGAGAAUAAUUCGACUUCCGAAUCAUUUGGGAAAAAUACGGACGUUAUAAGCUUCUCCUCCUCUCUAUCGUCUUCGUCCUUUUCCUCUUCCUCUUCCUCGUGCGUUUCUUCUGCCAGCCAAUUGAAACUACAACAGAAAAAGGCGUUUAUACCCCCGCCGGCGCAACAAAACUACGGAUAUGCCACCGGUCUCCUCCUCGUCUUGAUGAGUCUCUUCGUCGUCGUCUUUUGUGGUCGCUUGUGCGCGAUAUUGUGGACUGCCACGUGGCUGUGUACGGUGCCUCGCCGGAGGAAGGUUGUGGGGUCAUCGGAGUUUUCUGAAGGGACGGCGGUUUCGGCGGUGGCGAAGGCGGAGAUGAGGAGGAAAGGGGAGUACUAUUGGGAGGAGGGGGAGAAGAACCGGAUCGUGUUGGAGGGGUUUUUGCGAAGAAACAGAAAGGGUGGUGUGAAAUGAAAAAAGAGAAAAUAGAAAGAAAAAAGUGAAGAGAAUUGUAAAAUUUUGUUUUUCUUUUUUGGGUGUAUACUUAGUAAAAUUAUUUUUAAAUGUGUAAAUUAAUCAUCUCAGUUAUCUCUGCCUAUUCAGAUAAACAUAUAUCGUACAAAUUGUGAA